UCUCUCUCUCUCUCUCUGACAUAAGAUGGUGCAUUCAAAGAAGUUUAGAGGAGUCAGGCAACGCCAGUGGGGCUCCUGGGUGUCAGAAAUUCGCCAUCCUUUACUGAAGAGAAUGGUAUGGCUGGGCACAUUGGAGACAGCUGAGGCUGCGGCAAGGGCAUACGACCAAGCAGCCAUAUUGAUGAAUGGCCAAAAUGCCAAGACCAACUUUCCUACGGCAAAUGGCCGCCAUGAAGACACAAAGGCUUGCGGUGACUCUCCCUUGUCUCCCAAAGCUCUUUCGGAGCUGCUUAGCACCAAGCUUCGCAAGUGUUGAAAAGACCAAUAUCCUUCCCUCACAUGCCUAAGGCUUGAUGCUGAUAACUCUCACAUUGGAGUGUGGCAAAAGCGCGCAGGGGCACGUUCAGCCUCAAAUUGGGUGAUGAGAAUUGAGCUCGGGAAGAAGCAGACACAAACUGAUCUGGAGGAUGGCUUAUCAUCAGGAUCACCGAGGGUCGAGAUUCAUGAUGCUGGAAAUGGAAUGGAUGAGGAGGAUAUACAAGAUACGGA